ACCAAUCACAUAUUUACUUAAAAGUGAGUGCCAACAGGUGCCAACACGCUGGAAAGAUCUAUUCGUGUUCGCUAACAACGUUUUAUUUCAGCGACAUUACACUGGUCUCACUGCCGAUAUUCACACUCUUUUCAAAUCGACGCUCUUUUCAAAUCAAACAUUCGUUGCACUUAUAUCUGAGCAGUUAGAUAUCAGACAUGUUUACGCCUCCCCCGUCACCUCCUCCAUUCAAAAGUUCUGAAAUGCCCAAGCUGGAAAUGACUAACGAUACCCCCACACACGCCAACCCAUCUGCGUCCCACACACAUUCAUACCAAUCCAAGCAAAAAUAUACCCUUACUCUUCGCUGGACGAUCAUAUUGGUCCCAAUGGCUCUCAUCGCAAUCGGCGUGUCCACACAAUUUUUUAUUCAUCCAACGGUGUUUGAUGCCUUUUCGCCAACCUCAAUCUACGGGUGGAAAUCGUGGACCAAAAGCUUGACCGAUUGGUCACUGCAUGAGAGACACAAACCUACUGCGAACCUCUUGCGGCUCGCAGUAGUGUCUGACACAAGCGCGUUACCCUUCAUCAAGAGGAGCACACCUUCGGCUACCCCCACACCCACCAUUCCAAUAAAUCCAACUUUGCCAACUCCAUUUCCCCAGCCCUAUGACACAACUUUGUCGUCAAAUUUCUCGACCACAUCCUGCUACAAUUUCUUCCUCAAUAUGACACAGACAGAUGCUUUACGAUCUUGCCGCCCUUUCUCACUCUUGCUCACUCAUUCUCAAGCAUUCAUACAGGUACAAGAUAAUAUAAAUGCGACGAACACGGAUGUUUGGGGGACGUGCAACACUGCUCUCUCUUCAAAUCAGUGUGACCUGAACAUGGCGUGGUUUGCAUCGUCACUACGUUCUUCAUGUGCUACCGAUUUAAGCAAUCAAAACCUCCUGGCAGUCAACGCAUUGAUAGGUCUUCAAGCAUUUGACUUGAUGCGGCAAGCGGCGUGUUCCGUGGAUCCCGUGGCAAAUGCAUAUUGUUAUGUCGAAGCUGUGGCGAGCUCUGAUCCUUCUAGCUAUUAUUUCUACCAGCUACCCCUCGGACAGACAGUACCCCAAAUCACCAGUGGGGCAUGUAACUCUUGCACCAAGAGUCUCAUGUCAAUGUAUUGGGCUGCUCUGAGCAGCGCAAACGCCACCAGCUUGACAGGAUUGCAGGCUACGUACGGCGACGCGGCAACAAAACUGAACAAUGAGUGUGGAUCGCUUUACGCCCAAAGUACAACCGUGGCAUCCUCAUCAGCGCCACCGAGCGUCGAGUUGACCAGCGUGGGAGGGGCCUGGGCUGUGCUGCUGGCUAUGGGUGUACUAUCAAUGUUGUCAUAGGGAGAAGUAGGGUUGAUUUAUUGUCUGAUACAACCCGGGUGAUCGUAUUUUUGGGCUAUUUAGUUUUCUUUUUCUUUGCGGAUCUACUUGCAUAGGCGUGCGGGCUACCACUUUGGAUAUGUGUUCAUUCUUACCACAUUCACAGCGUCAACUAUCCUAUAUAGUACUUAUGAUGGUCAACCGCUGUACAUUCACUGUCUUCUCGUGUAUACUGUUAAAUUUGGGAUAAUGAGAUUUUUGACGUAGUCACUCAA